CUCUCUCCCCAUCUCUCGCUCCGUCCCGUUCCCCCCCUGCCCCCGCCUCUCCCCGCCCCGCCGCCGCCGGCCCUGGCAGAGCAGGCACGGCACGGCGGGGGGAUCUCGAUGUAACACCAUGACAGGCAUCGCCGCCGCCUCCUUCUUCUCCAACGCCUGCAGGUUCGGGGGCUGCGGGCUGCACUUCCCGACCCUGGCGGAGCUCAUCGAGCACAUCGAGGACAACCACAUCGAUACAGACCCACGUGUAUUAGAGAAACAAGAACUUCAGCAGCCAACCUAUGUUGCUCUAAGUUACAUUAACAGGUUUAUGACUGAUGCAGCUCGACGUGAGCAGGAGUCUUUGAAGAAAAAGAUUCAGCCGAAACUCUCUUUGACUUUGUCAAGCACAGUGUCCCGUGGGAAUGUAUCCACUCCACCUCGCCACAGCAGUGGAAGCCUUACUCCUCCUGUCACCCCUCCAAUCACUCCUUCCUCUUCAUUUCGUAGUAGUACUCCAACAGGUAGUGAAUAUGACGAGGAGGAAGUCGACUAUGAAGAAUCAGACAGUGAUGAGUCCUGGACUACAGAAAGUGCUAUCAGCUCUGAAGCUAUCCUUAGUUCAAUGUGCAUGAAUGGAGGGGAUGAAAAACCUUUUGCCUGCCCUGUUCCUGGAUGUAAAAAAAGAUAUAAGAAUGUGAAUGGCAUCAAGUACCACGCCAAGAACGGCCACAGAACACAAAUCCGCGUACGCAAACCCUUCAAAUGUCGCUGCGGAAAGAGUUACAAGACAGCUCAGGGCCUGCGGCACCACACAAUCAAUUUCCACCCCCCCGUGUCUGCUGAGAUUAUCAGGAAGAUGCAGCAAUAACAUGCUGGUCACAAAUGUGCCAAGAAAUCCUCACCAGCAGUUGCUGAUUUUGAGAACAGCCACCUUUUUCAGGGGAAGCAUUCAGCAACCCUUUAAACGAUUAAAUGCAUGCUUUAAAAUUUUCUGUAAUUUUGGAAUGAUGUAUCUUUGUAGAGUUAAUGAUUUUGUACAUUUGCACAUGUAAUCAUCGUACCCAUUUUCAUUACUUCGAGAUAAGGUGCUAUAAAAGCUAUAGAUUCUUCAGAACAUUUUUUUUUCUCCAAAACAAAAGAACGAGGGGGUGUGGCGUAUUCAGUUGUAUGGCAGCGUUGAAUAGGAGUAAGAGGAGGAAAGCUUGGCACUGACAUCAUUUCAAGAUUGUAACGUGACGAAGAUUCUCGAUGCAUCUGUCAGUGUGUGUGCAAAACCAAAACGAGACCACCGUUGUCAAACCAUAGCUAACAUGCCUUACAUAUGGAGUUACCAGUGGAGUAGCGAGUCUUUUAGGUAACGAAAAUAUAAAUAAGAAAGAAUGUUUAACAUAAUAUGCUAAAAAUAUUUUCAUACUUAAAUAACAUACAUAAAAAGGUGUGCUUGCUGUAUUUUAUAUUCUCUUGCAAAUCUUUUUUUUUUUCCCCCCUCUUGAAAUGCUGAAAAUUUUGCCAUUUGAACUAGUAAACAAUCACGUUAGUAUUAGAAAUCUGCUUUUUUUGUACGAGACGUCAUAUUACGUUCAUGCCCAUCAGACUUCGGAGGACCAACAUCCCAGUCCAGCUCGGUAGUUACCCCUGAAGUAUCUCUUAGAAAGACGCUUGGAAAUACUUAAGUGCAAAUUUAUGUGUGUGUGAGAAAGAAUUAUCUUCAUCUCAGAUGAAGUUCUAAAGCACUUUGUAGUUCUCUAUUGCCAACAGAUUUAAUGUUUUAUGUGUUGCCAAUUCUUGCAACUACUGCACUGGCGUCUGCCUGUGGUUGCAAAUAAAAAUACAGAAUUCUG